UUCUAAGGCUGCGUUCUGCAAAAUGAUGCAUUUGCAGGCUGCUAGGAUUUGGUCACGUUAUAGGGUUUCUCAAGUCCUCUUCACCAACCCUGCUCGAUGCUAUGUUUCGAGAAAACAAGACUCGGGAUCAUACAGUGUUAGGGUGGGAUUCUUUGAGCGACUUAAACGAAAAUUUUCGAAUGAAAAAAUAAUUGGCAUGGAUCAUUUGGGUAAUGUGUAUUAUGAAAAAAUUACUCGAAGUGGUAAAACUAUUAGGACAUUUCAAAAUGAUAAGUUCAAUAAUGCUGAAGAUGUAACUGACUUUAUAGAUGAUGUCGACAUACCGGUAGAAUGGCAAGGUUGGCUGAGAAAAACAAGAGAUGAUCCACCCACACAGGAGGAAAUCAAUAUAAAUCUAGCAAUUGCAGCAACCAAGAAAAUUAAAGGUAGACAGUUGGAAGAAAAAUAUAACCAGGAACAUGCAGGCAGCAGUGUAAAAAGUCAAUCUUCUAAGAAAAAAGUUGCAUUUCCAAGCUAUGACGAGUAUGAAAUCAAAGCAGGUGCUGAAAUAAGGAACUUUCCGAUUUCAGACAAGGAUAAAAAAUCAUAACAGACCUUUUCUGAAUAAAGCUUGGCAACAUGAAUGAUAUUGCAUAUCAUUUUAUAACUAUUGCAUCAUCUUGAUUGACUGAUGCACAGUUCACUUAGAUUUCUGGCAGAAAUCAAAUACAGAAAGUUGAUGCAAACAUCUACUAGUACAUAUAUGCUGUACUUUCUCUUUUGUUUGUGAACUGAGGGUGUAUGAGAUAGAUGCAAUGGACCUAACAACUUCUGGGUUACCUCUAAAGCUGCAAUGCGGGCCAUGUACACUUUUUGAUAGCUUUGACCUCAUUACUUUAGUCAUAAGCUCAUAGACCCCAUUUCCAUAGAUUUUUAGAUCAAUCUAUCCCUGUGGGGAGUCUCACUAGAUUACUGUCAGCUU